AUGAAAUCUGCUCACUUCUCACACCUCUCAGCCCCAAUCCGUGCCCAAAAUCCUAAACACAGUUCUUCUUCUUCUUCUUCUUCUUCUUCUUCUUCUUCUUCAGUUAAUCUUCUCCAGCCCCGCAAAUUCAGCUCUGUUUCUCUGACCCCGCCUUCAAAGCGGUCCCGUUUAUUCACGCUUUGCGCUUCCAAUUCCGCUAAAACGUCGUCUUCCCUAUCCGAACCGGCCGUGACGGACCUCACCAAGGACGCUUUUCUUCAAAUCGAUAACGAUGUGUCGCAAGGUCCGUUGAAUGUGGAAGUCAGAAACCCUAGCGUUCCGAGUCCGUCGGUGGCCAAAUUGAGCUUGAGCGACCAAGCUUUCUUUCUCCUGACCUUCAUCGCCUGCACGACUUCUGUGGCAUUUACGAGCCUUGUAAUUGCAGCUGUACCAACGCUUUGUGCAAUGGGGAGAGCUGCAGUAUCUCUUUCAAAGCUGGCAGAUACAGCUCGUGAAGAACUCCCUAGUACUAUGGUUGCCAUUAGGCUUUCAGGCAUGGAAAUAAGUGAUCUUACACUGGAACUGAGUGAUCUAAGCCAAGAGAUAGCUGAUGGGGUCAGCAAAUCCACUCAAGCUGUUCAAGCUGCUGAAGCUGGGAUUCGGCAGAUUGGUUCACUUGCUCGACAGCAGACUAUGUCUAUGAUUCAAGAGAGGGCGAGCCUGCCCAUCAUCUCUUUGCAACCUGCUGUUGUUGGAGCAGCAAAGAAGACUUCUCGUGCUGUUGGCCAAGCCACCAGGACGCUCAUGAAUAUAAUCUCUCGAAGGGACUUAGAGAAUAAGGAUGACAUUGGAAUUGAUAGGGUGGAAAUUUGA